AUGCGUGCCAGAAUUCAAGAGGCUACCAAAACAGUUGACGAGAGUGGGAUUCGAACCCACGCCCCCGAAGAGGUGCCUAAAACCAGCGCCUUAGACCGCUCGGCCAUCUCGCCAACAUACUCAUCGAAGGCAGCAGUUCAAAUGGAAUCUAAAUUUUCCACAGUUCCACAUGCGUGCCAGAAUUCGCAUGAGGCACCAGGGCUCACCAAAACAGUUGACGAGAGUGGGAUUCGAACCCACGCCCCCGAAGGGACUGGUGCCUUAAACCAGCGCCUUGGACCGCUCGGCCAUCUCGCCACAUCUCAAUUCCGGAAGGCAGCAGUUCAAAUGGAAUUCCCAGAUUUUCCACAGUUCCACAUGCGUGCCAGAAUUCGCAUGAGGCACCAGGGCUCACCAAAACAGUUGACGAGAGUGGGAUUCGAACCCACGCCCCCGAAGGGACUGGUGCCUAAAACCAGCGCCUUAGACCGCUCGGCCAUCUCGCCAUACAUACUCGUCGAAGGCAGCAGUUCAAAUGGAAUUCCCAGAUUUUCCACAGUUCCACAUCCGUGGCAGAAUUCGCAUGAGGCACCAGGGCUCACCAAAACAGUUGACGAGAGUGGGAUUCGAACCCACGCCCCCGAAGGGACUGGUGCCUUAAACCAGCGCCUUGGACCGCUCGGCCAUCUCGCCACAUCAAGAGCGGCCAUCUGCAAUACCGUCGAAGGCAGCAGUUCAAAUGGAAUUCCCAGAUUUUCCACAGUUCCACAUGCGUGCCAGAAUUCGCAUGAGGCACCAGGGCUCACCAAAACAGUUGACGAGAGUGGGAUUCGAACCCACGCCCCCGAAGGGACUGGUGCCUUAAACCAGCGCCUUGGACCGCUCGGCCAUCUCGCCACAUCUCAAUUCCGGAAGGCAGCAGUUCAAAUGGAAUUCCCAGAUUUUCCACAGUUCCACAUGCGUGCCAGAAUUCGCAUGAGGCACCAGGGCUCACCAAAACAGUUGACGAGAACCGCUCGGCCAUCUCGCCAUACAUACUCGUCGAAGGCAGCAGUUCAAAUGGAAUUCCCAGAUUUUCCACAGUUCCACAUGCGUGCCAGAAUUCGCAUGAGGCACCAGGGCUCACCAAAACAGUUGACGAGAGUGGGAUUCGAACCCACGCCCCCGAAGGGACUGGUGCCUAAAACCAGCGCCUUAGACCGCUCGGCCAUCUCGCCAUACAUACUCGUCGAAGGCAGCAGUUCAAAUGGAAUUCCCAGAUUUUCCACAGUUCCACAUGCGUGCCAGAAUUCGCAUGAGGCACCAGGGCUGACCAAAACAGUUGACGAGAGUGGAUUCGAACCCACGCCCCCGAAGGGACUGGUGCCUAAAACCAGCGCCUUAGACCGCUCGGCCAUCUCGCCAUACAUACUCGUCGAAGGCAGCAGUUCAAAUGGAAUUACCAGAUUUUCCACAGUUCCACAUGCGUGCCAGAAUUCGCAUGAGGCACCAGGGCUGACCAAAACAGUUGACGAGAGUGGGAUUCGAACCCACGCCCCCGAAGGGACUGGUGCCUUAAACCAGCGCCUUGGACCGCUCGGCCAUCUCGCCACAUCUCAAUUCCGGAAGGCAGCAGUUCAAAUGGAAUUCCCAGAUUUUCCACAGUUCCACAUGCGUGCCAGAAUUCGCAUGAGGCACCAGGGCCGACCAAAACAGUUGACGAGAGUGGGAUUCGAACCCACGCCCCCGAAGGGACUGGUGCCUUAA